AUGGCGAAUAGAAAAGAAAACAAAGAAAUGAUAACAAUUGUUUGGUACGAUUCCAAUAUUGAUUCGUACAAGCAAACAGAAAAUAUCAACGAACGAUUACGUCAAAUCAAUGAUUACGUUCUAUAUUAUAAUGAACUUGAGCCUUUCAAAAACGAUAUCGAUUUCAUGGACAACGAGAAGAUUUUCUUAAUUACGUCUAGUCUUAAUGCUUCUCAAGUCAAUAAACUUCCGCAAAUCAAUGCUAUUUUCAUAUUUGAUUUCGAGAAAACCCCGAGUACAGAAUUCGAUUGUGAACGUGAACGAACCAUUGGCAUUUUUAAUGAAUUAGACAAUUUGUAUUCAUCAAUUCAACAACAAAUCGAACUGAAUAAUGAAUUAUUUCAAACGUUCAGCUUCUUGGAUCAAUCUGAAUAUUCAAUACAAGAUCUAUCGAAACAAACAUCCAAUUUAUUUUGGUAUCAACUUUUCAAUGAUGUUAUUUUACGGUCAUCACAUGGCCAAGUAGUCAAGAAUGAAAUGAUCGAUGCAUGUCGUCAAUAUUACCAAGACAAUUUAGAAUAUAUGAAAUUAAUUGACGAAUUCGAACAUGAAUAUCGUUCAGACAAAGUUAUUGAAUGGUAUUUAAAAAGAUCGUUUCCCUACAAAAUCAUUAAAAAAGCAUUACAAACAAGAGACAUGGACCAAUUGAAUAUAUUGAGAUAUUUCAUGGGUGAUCUUGUGCAAAGUUUUACACGACAAGAUCAAAACAAGAGUCAAUCUGAAAAUCUCACUGUCUAUCGAGGUUUGAAAUUAUCGAACGGUCAACUUGAAGAAUUGAGAAAAAACGUAGGAAAACUUCUUCUAACUAAUGGAUUCAUAACAGCAACUGUACUGCGUUCAAAUGCAUUGAAGUUUGCCAGAAAAUCAAUCCAAUCAACAGAUAUUGUCGAUGCUAUUUUAGAAAUCGAGUUAACUACAAAAGAUGUUAACAAACAUGUUCUCGUUACUGACAUGGACAAAUGCGCAGAGUUUGCCAGUCAAGAUGAUAUUGUUUUUGAUUUAGCUGCUGUAUUUCAUUUAGAUAAUAUUGAAUUCCAUGAAAAUAUUUGGAUUAUUAAAAUGAGUAUUUCGACCGAAGAGAAACUUAUUCUGGAAAAAUAUAUCAAAGAUACACAUAAAAAAAAUAAUAAUUUAAGUAUUCCCAUUCUAUUCGGACGUCUGAUGUUGGAUAUGGGCCAUUGGAAUCAGUCACAAACAUAUUUCGAACGUUUGCUAAUCGAUGCAAACGAUCUAGAUCAAGCAUGGAUAGAACAUAGCCUCGGUGAAAUUCAUUCAUGCAAAUCAGAAUGGCCUGUUGCACAUCAAUAUUAUGAUCGUGCUUACGAUCGAAUGAACGAUCCGAAACAAGUGCAUAUCAAAGACUCAGCUCUGGUACUUUCAGAUAUUGGAGAGACUCUCUAUGCAGAAGGAAAAUACGACGAAGCUAUGAGUUUUCAUACACGAGCAUUAACCAUUCGAAAGGAAAACUUUCCUCCAGAUCAUGUACAUAUCGCUACAAGUCUACGUAAUAUUGGUGAUAUUUUAUCUGAGCAAAAAAGAUACAACGAAGCAUAUGUAAAUUUUCAAGAAUCAUUAAAAAUAUUGGAGAAAUAUUACAAUGGUUCUCAUAUUGAUAUGGCCAAGUGUCUGAUCUCGAUUGGACUCUACUUUCGUGAACAAAGAGACCAUAAAAAAGCUCUUGAGUAUCAUCAACAAGCAUUAUCAAUCUACGAACGAUACUAUCCUUUAGGUCAUGUGUCUAUGGCAUCAACGCUCAAUAAUAUUGCAUACAUUCUAUUUAGACAAGAUCAAUGUGAUGAAGCCAUCGCUACUCAUCAUCGAGCAUUAAAAAUGCAAAAGAAAUGUUAUCCAUUUGAUCAUAUUAAUAUUGCUGACCACCUGUGUACAUUGGGUAUACUUAACUAUGCAUUAGACAACUAUGAAGCUGCUUUAGAAAAUUUUCAACAAUCAUCAAGUAUUCACCAACAAUAUUAUACUUCCGGUCAUGCUGAACAAAUAUGUGUUUUGAAUAAUAUUGGCAUUGUAUUGGGUAAGUUAGAUAAGUUUAAUGAUGCUAUGGAUUAUCAUCGUCAAGCCUUAGCUAUACAAGAGAAAUAUUAUCCAUCGUACCAAGGCACCGUAGCAGAGACACUCGAUUUAAUUGCAGUAGCUCUCGACAAUCAAAUGAAAUACGAAGAAGCUUUAUCUUAUCAUCGGCAAGCGUUAACAAUACUAAACAACUACUAUUCAAUGAAUCAUGCGGAUAUAGCGUUUACACUCGCAUACAUCGGUGACGUAUUGGCUCAGCAAGAAAAGUUCGAUGAAGCUCUAGAAUCGUAUCAACAAGCUUUGACGAUACUCGAAAAGUCUUGUCCAUAUUCUCUUAAUGAUAUUGCAAAUAGUUUAACUCUUAUUGGUUUUAAUUUCGUUAAUCAAAACAAGUUCGACGAAUCGAUCGAAUAUUUUCAAAAAGCACUAGAAAAACAAAAGUGCUAUUAUGGCUCUGAUCAUCCCAACAUUGCGAAUACACUUAUUAACAUAGGCGAUACACUUCGUUGUCAGAAAAAGUUUGAUGAAGCCAUCGAAUAUCAUAGAAAGGCAUUAGCUAUUCAAGAGAAAUACUAUCCUCUAGGACAUUCUAGUAUUGCUACCACGAUGAAUCAAAUUGCUUUCAUAUUGGAAGAUGAAAAUAAGUACGAUGAGGCAUUUCAUUAUUAUCAACAAGUAAAUUCAGUACUUACAAAACUGGAAAAGAAUUAUCCAUCAUAUCAAUUACAGAUUGCUAAUAGUUUAAGAAAUAUUAGUAAUGUUCUAUAUUUACAAGAUAAGAACGAAGAAGCUUUUGAAUAUCAACAACGUGCAUUAUCGAUCAGAGAAAAAUUUUUACCACCUGAUCAUGCUGAUAUUGCGAAUAUCUACAUAGACAUUAGUCGCAGUUUGCAUGAGCAAGGAAAAUAUGCUGAUGCACGUGAAUUUCAACAGCGAGCUUUAGCAGUGCAAGAAAAAUUCAAUCCAUUAAAUCAAUUGCAUAGAGCUGCUAGAUACAACGAAAUUGGUCAUACGUUUGCUCGUGAAAAAAACUACGACGAAGCCAUUCGUUUCUAUCAACAAGCAUUAGACAUCCGAGAGAUAUUUGAUCCAACGAGCCAUAAUGACAUUGUCAUUCUACUCAAUAACAUUAGCGAUGUAUAUCAGCAGCAACUAAAAUACGAUGAUGCACUCGUCUGUCAAAAACGAGCAUUACGAAUACGUGAAAUUGGCGAUCCAUCAAAUUGUUCACAUGUUGCAAAUAUUCUUAACAAUAUCGGUAAUAUUCUUCGAGAACAACAAAAGUAUAAUGAAGCUCUUGGUUACUAUCAACAAGUAUUGGCAAUUUGGGAAGAAUUUUAUUCGUCGGAUCAUAGAAAUAUAAUAACUUGUCUUAAUAAUAUUGCUCGUGUAUUUAGCGACGAAGAAAAAUAUAAUGACGCGCUCGUCUAUCGACAACGCGUAUUAACAAUAAGAGAAGAACAUGAAUCGUCAGAUUAUCAAGAAAUUGCCAAUGAUCUUAACAACGUUGCACAUACUUAUUUGAAUCUGAAUGAAUACGAUAAGGCUCUCGAAAUGUAUCAACGAGCACUUUCCAUUAGAGAACAGUUUUGUACAUCCAAUCAAGUUGAUAUUGCUGAUAGUCUAGAAAACAUCAGUCAUCUUCGACAACAACAACAAAAAUAUGACGAAGCAGUCGAUUUAGCUCAUCAGGCUCAGAAAAUCUAUGAGACAUUAUAUCCAGAUGGCCAUCUUAGUAUAGUUUCGUGUCUUGAUCGUAUCGGACGUAUUUUAAGCCAACAAGAACAGUACGAGAAAGCGUUCGAAUGUCAAGAACAAGCAUUAGCGAUCAGAGAAAAAUGUGAUCCAAAUAAUCAUGCAGAUAUUGGUCGAUCUAUCAACGAUAUGGGUGUCAUGUUGUAUCAUCAAGGCAAAUAUGAUAAAGCUUUUGAGUUCUAUCAAAAAGCACUAAUACACUAUGAAGAAGAUUAUCCUUCUAGUUGUGUGGGUAUGCUCACUACAUUGGUUAAUAUUAGUUUAAUUUAUAGAAUGCAAUCAGACUACGAUGAAGCUCUAGAUACACUACGGCGAGUAUUAAUAAUUCGGAAGGAGCGUUGUCCAUUGGAAUAUUCUAGCAUUGCCAAAAAUAUCCAAGACAUGGGCGACAUAUUCUAUGAACAAUCUGAAUAUGAAAAUGCUUUUGAAUCUUAUCAAGAAGCAUUAUUCAUAAUAGAAAAACAUUACCCGAUGGAUCAUAUAGAAAUAGCCAGUUGUCUACAAUCGAUGGCAGUUAUGUGCAAUGCAACGGCAGAUUUCGAUCGUGCUAUUCAAUGUUUUGAACGGUGUCUAUGCAUUAGAGAAGCAAGUUUACCUAAAGACGAUCGAUCAAUUAUCGAAACUCUUAUGUACUUGAGUCAAGUGCAAAGAAAUCAAAAUCAACACAAACUAUCGUUGACAUACGAAAUGAAUUGUUGUUUGAUGCGUAUGAAAUUUCUGCCAACAGAACGUGAAAGCAUUGGUGAUAGUUUAAUACAUAUGGCCAAAAGUUACGAGCAUCUCAAUAAGCCCAAACUGGCACUUGAUUAUUACAAGCAAGCACUGAAUUUAUACAAGGAUUAUUUACCCGAUGGACAUGAAAAUCAAAUAGAUAUGGAAAUUAAUAUCGAACGGCUAACAAAAGAAAUGGCAGCAUAG